AUGAAGUUCAGCCCCGGAUUUGUGUCGCUCCUUGCCCUCGUUCCCUACGUCGCCGCCGCCGGCGUGCACAAGCUCCCGCUCAAGAAGCUCGCCCCGGCGGCCUCGAACCCGGCGCUCGAGACGGCGUACUUGGCGGAGAAGUAUGGCGCCCAGUCGUCAUUCCAGAUGCCCAUGGCCGGUGCCGGCGGCUCGGGCCGCCGUCUGCGCUACUCGGACGGCGAGCAGGACGAUCUGUUUUGGACCCAGCAGGACGAGGUCAACGCCCAGAAGGGCCACGGCGUGCCACUGACCAACUUUAUGAACGCCCAGUACUACACUGAGAUUCAACUCGGUUCUCCCGCUCAAACCUUCAAAGUCAUCCUCGAUACUGGUUCGAGCAAUCUCUGGGUGCCCAGCUCCCAAUGCACCUCCAUUGCCUGCUUCCUUCACACCAAGUAUGACUCGUCGUCGUCCUCGACUUACAAGGCGAACGGCACCGAGUUCUCCAUUCAAUACGGUUCCGGCUCGAUGGAGGGCUUUGUCUCCCGCGACAAGCUCUCCAUCGGUGACCUCAGUAUGUCAGACGUGCUCUUUGCCGAGGCGACUAAGGAGCCCGGACUCGCCUUUGCUUUUGGCAAGUUCGACGGUAUCCUCGGUCUUGCGUACGACACAAUUGCCGUGAACCAUAUCACCCCGCCCUUCUACGAGAUGGUCAAUCAGGGCCUCAUUGACGAGCCUGUUUUCUCCUUCCGCCUAGGCUCGUCCGAGGAUGACGGUGGCGAGGCUGUCUUCGGUGGUAUCGACUCGAAUGCGUAUACCGGCAAGAUUUCUUACGUCCCCGUGCGCCGCAAGGCUUACUGGGAGGUCGAGCUUGAGAAGGUUGCCUUCGGUGACGACGAGCUCGAGCUCGAGAUGACCGGCGCGGCCAUCGACACCGGCACCUCGCUCAUCGCACUCCCUACCGACAUCGCAGAGAUGCUCAACACCCAGAUCGGUGCGAAGAAGUCGUGGAACGGCCAGUACACGGUCGAGUGCGACAAAGUGCCCAGCUUGCCUGACCUUACCUUCUACUUUGGUGGCGACCCAUACCCGCUCAAGGGCUCAGACUACAUUCUCGAGGUGCAGGGGACUUGCAUGUCCGCCUUCACAGGCAUGGACAUCAACCUCCCUGGUGGUUCCCUCUGGAUCGUCGGCGAUGUCUUCCUUCGCAAGUACUACACGGUCUAUGACCUCGGCCGCAACGCGGUCGGUUUCGCCAAGGCUGCUUGA